CGGCAGUAGAAGCGGCGGGGAAGGCGGUGUCGGAGGCCGCCUCCUCUUCCUUCUCCUCCGUCUCCUCCUCCUCCUAAACCCGCUUCUGGGCUCCGCCUCGCCGGCGUGCAUUGAACCCGCGGGGCAAAGCAGGCGGGGAUGCCCCUCGUGGGCUGGGGAGGGGGGCUCCGGAUCCAGCGGGGAGCCGCCUUCCAUUGCACGCACGCCCACCUGUCCUUGCACGUUGCAGGGAGGCUGAAAUAUUUUCUUCCAGUUUGAAGUUUGUAUCAUCACCAUUACCUGAAGAUGAAGAUAGUCCUUAUGGUAGCUGAGAAGCCUUCUCUGGCUCAGUCCAUCGCCAAAAUCCUUUCAAGAGGAAACAUGUCGUCUCGCAAAGGGUUAAACGGAGUGUGUUCUGUCCAUGAAUUCACCGGUCCUUUCAUUGGACAAACUGUCCAUUUCAAGAUGACGUCAGUAUGUGGUCAUGUGAUGACACUGGAUUUUAUAGGAAAAUACAACAACUGGGAUAAAGUUGAUCCCGCUGAACUUUUUAGUAAAGCGCCAACCGAAAAGAAAGAAGCCAACCCAAAACUAAACAUGGUGAAAUUCUUACAGGUGGAAGGGAGAGGUUGCGAUUACGUUGUUCUGUGGCUGGAUUGCGACAAGGAAGGUGAAAAUAUAUGCUUUGAGGUGCUGGAUGCGACCCUCCCCGUCAUGAAUAAACCCCGUGGAGGCGAGAAGACGAUCUACAGAGCCAAAUUCAGCUCCAUCACUGACACGGAUAUCUGCAACGCCAUGAACCAGUUGGGGGAACCCAACCACAACGAAGCUCUGUCAGUGGACGCCCGGCAAGAGUUAGACCUGCGGAUUGGCUGUGCGUUUACAAGGUUUCAGACAAAAUAUUUCCAGGGCAAAUACGGCAAUUUAGACAGUUCGCUGAUCUCCUUUGGGCCUUGCCAGACGCCCACCCUGGGGUUCUGCGUGGAGCGCCACGAUAAAAUCCAGUCGUUCAAACCCGAAACCUACUGGGUGUUGCAAGCCAAGGUUACUCCCGAAAAAGACAGUUGUUUGACUCUAGAGUGGGACAGAGUCAGGAUCUUUGACCGAGAAAUUGCUCAGAUGUUUUUGAACCUAACGAAAAUGGCGAAGGAAGCCAAGGUUGAGUCUGUGAGUAAAAAGGAGAAAGUGAAACAACGACCUCUGGCUCUUAACACGGUGGAAAUGUUGCGGGUUGCCAGCGCUGCGUUGGAGACUCUGUGCCAAUCUGCUCCAAUCAAUCUUUGGUUCGGCCAGAGGUGGCCGGCCCUUGGCUCAUGUAUGCUCUGUCGGUGGUUUUCUCCCAAGGUCAAAACAUUAUUGGUGGAAGGCAUCAACAGGCCACGGAAAGGCCACGAUGCUGGAGAUCACCCUCCCAUCACCCCAAUGAGAGCGGCCUCUGAAGCAGAAUUAGGGGGUGAUGGAUGGAGGCUCUACGAAUACAUUACAAGGCACUUUAUCGCCACUAUCAGUGCUGACUGCAAAUACCUUCAAACUACUAUUGCGUGCAGUGUUGCCUCGGAACGUUUCACCUGCAUAGGAAAGACAGUUCUUUCGCCAGGGUUUACUGAAGUUAUGCCGUGGCAAAGCAUCCCGUUGGAAGAGAGCCUCCCCAGCUGUGAUCGAGGAGACCUCUUCCCUGUGAGCGAAGUGAAGCUCCUGGAGAAGCAGACCUGCCCGCCCGAUUAUUUGACGGAAGCUGAACUCAUCACGUUGAUGGAAAAACAUGGGAUAGGAACGGAUGCCAGCAUUCCAGUCCAUAUCAACAACAUCUGCCAACGCAACUACGUCACUGUGGAAGGCGGCCGCAGACUGAAACCUACCAACCUGGGCAUAGUUUUGGUACACGGCUACUACAAAAUAGAUGCGGAGCUGGUGCUCCCGACCAUCCGUAGCGCGGUGGAGAAGCAGCUCAACCUAAUCUCUCAAGGGAAAGCCAACUUCCAUCAGGUUCUGGAGCACACCUUGGACAUCUUCAAAAGGAAGUUCCACUACUUUGUGGAUUCCAUCGCAGGUAUGGAUGAGUUAAUGGAAGUGUCUUUUUCACCUCUGGCUGCCACAGGAAAGCCCCUCUCCCGAUGCGGCAAAUGUCAUCGUUUUAUGAAAUACAUCCAGGCCAAACCAAGCCGUCUCCACUGCUCGCACUGCGACGAGACCUACAGCCUUCCCCAGAAUGGGACGAUCAAACUGUACAAAGAGUUGCGAUGCCCUCUGGAUGAUUUUGAGCUGGUGCUGUGGUCUUCCGGUUCCAGGGGGAAAAGUUACCCGCUGUGCCCUUAUUGUUACAAUAACCCUCCUUUUAGGGAUAUGAAGAAAGGAAUGGGUUGCAACGAAUGCACCCACCCCAACUGCCAACAUUCGCUGAACCAGUUGGGCAUCGGCCAGUGCGUCGAGUGCGAAAGUGGGGUGCUGGUGUUGGACCCCAUCUCCGGGCCCAAGUGGAAAAUGGCCUGCAACAAAUGCAACGUGGUGGUGCAUUUCUUCGAAAACGCGCACAAGGUGCGGGUAUCGGCCGAGACGUGCGACACCUGCGACGCCGCCCUGGUGGACGUGGAUUUUAACAAGGCCAAGUCGCCGCUGCCCGGCGGCGAGACCCAGCACACCGGCUGCGUCUUCUGCGACCCCGUCUUCCAAGACCUGGUGGAAUUGAAGCACGCGGCCAUGAAACACCCCAUGCACCGGGGCGGGCAGGGGAAACGGCAGGGGCGAGGAAGAGGCGGCAAGGGCCGGCGGCUCGGGGGAAGGCAGCCCCCUAAGAAGCCGAAAGACAAGAUGGCGGCCCUCGCAGCUUAUUUUGUAUGAUCCGCCGUUGCGCAGAAAGCCUUUCGUAAUAAAAUCCCCCCCCCCCCGGAGAAAGCUUCUUUUGGUUGGUUUUAUUGUGUGGGAAACCCCCUCCCCAGAAGAAUGAAAUAUUUUGAGAAUUUUUUUAAAAAAGAGACAGAAUAUUAUAUUUCCCUAAUGGAGAAACAUGUUUUUAAAGGCAGAAAGCAACCCCCACCCACCCCCAAAUUUUUCUUAAUAGCCCACAGCGGAUGCCAGCACUUAAGGAGAUAAAAGAGCUUAUCGAAAGCGGAAGACAACUAUCUAGGUGGCUCUAUUCAUAAGCAAAGCAAAUACUGCAGGCAGAAAUCCAGUCAAGACGGGAUGUUUCGAAACUCCUUGCAGCCAAGUUUGACAGCUUCUGACCUAGGCUUCCCCCAGCAGCACGAAGCCGAGUCCUCGUCCCGAUAAACCCCUUUUAUUUAAUUGUCAGUGAAUUCCUCUCCAGCAAAGUCUUUCCUCUCCCACAAUCUUUCACGAUAGUUCACAAUUACUGACCUUUAUCAGGCUUGGAGAGUGGUCAGGCCGAUAUCUUUCAGACGCUGCAAUACUUGGCAAGAAUGCAGGAAGUGAUCUUCGCCCAAAUGAACUAAUUGUCUCCUGCAAGCUCCUUUCCCCUUUGCUCCUCUUUAUUCCCUAUGGGAGGAGCCAUUCACCGUCCACCUGUGGCUUUACUCCUGAGUCGACCCUUGUUCCUUAGCUGUUCCCUUCUCCUGGCAGCUCACACUGGGAACAGGCUUCAGCUGUUCUUCUGCCCCACUGAUAUCCGACUCCGAAGGCAGCUGAUAACUGUCAUACGGCCCUGGCCCCCUCUCUGCCUCCGAUGCAGAGCCCUCAUCAGAGCCUUCCCCAGACUCCAGGACUGGCCCAUGUUCCUCCCCAACCUCCUCAUUGUCCAAAUCUGCUGCCAGAUCCGCUGGCCACUGGCGGGCCACAACAACAGCUAACAAAAAGCAGAAGGGUAGGAUUAGCACAGCAGCCCCUCACCCAAGAUCCAGCACAGCCAUUAGCCAUAAUAGGAUCAACCCACUACCAUUUAGUGGAAGACACAGAGCUCACUACAUUGCACAAUCUCCUAAGGGGCAUUUCGGACAUUGCACAACACCCCCCCCCCAAAAAACCUUAUAAAACUCCAUAUACUCAUCAAAACAGAAUCACAAACCCUCAUCAAUCCAUGUUGUUUUCAGCGUCUAUUUUUAUGUUUUGCAUUAAAGGACACCUCUAGUGUGUGUGUGUGU